AUGGUUGGUAAUUCGCAUCCCAAUUCUAAUACGCAAAGUAGUUCCGAUUCGAAAUUGAAUUAUGUUCACCUGAUGCAGUUUAAUGCAUGUUAUGAAGCAAUGCCAACAAGCUCAAAAAUGGUUGUUUUCGACACAAAGCUACGGCUCAAGAAAGCAUUUAAUGGACUUAUUUAUCAGAACACACGGCACGUAUUGCUAUCUGAUUCAGCUAAGAAUAAUGCAAUUGUUGGCAUAUUAUCUGUAACAGAUUUCAUUCGAGUCCUUUUAUUACUACAUAAGAUGAAAAAAGAAAGGAAGGAUAAACAAAAAGGAACUGCAUGCGAAGAUGAGAAGAGUUCUUCAACAAAUAAGGCAGUUGUAGAAAGAAAUACUAAUGCAGAAUUAAAUGAUGAUCUAAAACAUUUGGAAGUAUCUGAUGUGGAGAAGCAACAAAUUAAUGUUUCAAAUCAUGAAUGCCAGGAUGAAAAGGAAAUAAAAGAGGAGGAAGAUGAUGUAAAAAGUACGCCGAACGAGGACAUCGGAACUCUAACCAUAUCCGAAUAUCGAGAUUUGGUAUGCCGUGAGGGAAAAUUAAUGGAUCUUGUAUCAAUAACCGCUGAAGAAAGUUUACUAAAAGCGGCUUUUUUACUCAGUAAACAACAUAUACAUCGUUUACCAGUAUUGGAUCCGAAUGAUGGAAGUCCGUUGUUUAUUUUGACCCAUAAACGUAUCCUCAAAUUUUUAUGGCUUUUCGGUCAGUCGCUUUAUGCACCUGAUUAUCAUAAUAAAACUUGUAAAGAACUCGGUGUUGGUACAUAUGAUGGCAUACGUGUGGUCUAUCCAGAUACAUCCUUAAUUUUAUGUCUUGAUAUACUGCUCAAUAAGGGUGUCAGUGGCGUUCCAGUUGUGGAGCAUAAGACAUUCCGAGUUGUGGAUAUGUAUUCACGAUUUGAUGCAAUUGGUAUAGCGUUGGAGGACAAAAUUGAUGAGCUUGAUGUCACGGUACAAGAAGCACUAGCUUUCCGGAAUACUUUCAGGCUUGAAAAAGAUCGUGUCGUUUCGAUAUCAGUCAAUGAUUCAUUGUGGACGGCGAUCACGGUACUUGUUGAAAGGAAUGUUCAUCGACUUUGUGUUUUAAAAGAUAGUGGCGCAAUUGAGGGUUUGAUUUCUUUAUCUGAUAUAAUGAAUUUUUUGGUUGUUAACGUAGCUGCUGAAUUGCCGGCAGAAAGUUUCCAUUGUUAUUCUCGUUUCAGUCAGCAUUCGCAACACAGCUCAUUGGGCAUACUUCCAGAAGGACUCGAAUCAUCAAAUGAUCUUUCGGAGACGAAAAUGGAUGAUGAAACUAAAGAUUCACUGGAAGAACAACAUGACGCUAGCGAACUUCAUCGACAGAUUGGCACAAUUUCGAUGACUUGA